AACGUUCCCACUUUCCAAGCAAUAUCUUCUCCGUAUUUCCUUUUAAUAUAAAACACCUCAAUUUCUUCUCAUCUCAUAACAUCACAAAGUAUUGACUUCCAAAGCUUUCUUUCGGUCUCUCGUUCUUAGUUUGAAAUUCAAUAUGAACAAGUUGAAGGAAGAAUCCAUCAUCAUCCGUGAAGUCUGGGCAUCCAACUUAGAGUAUGAAUUCAGUCUCAUCCGUCAAGUUAUCCAUCAAUAUUCUUUCAUCUCACUAGACACUGAAUUUCCUGGCGUAAUUCAUUUACCCAAAAUAGACCGUCGCUAUCUUACUCCCUCUGAACACUACCGUUACUUGAAGGCCAACGUUGAUGCGCUUAAACUCAUCCAAGUUGGUCUCACCCUUUCCGACGCUAAGGGAAACCUUCCAAAUUUCGGAACCAAUAACAGCUACAUAUGGGAAUUUAAUUUCUGCGAUUUUGACGUCAAUAAUGAUCUUUAUAAUCAAGAUUCGAUUAAUAUGCUCCGCCGUCAAGGGAUUGACUUUGAUCGCAAUUUGUGUCACGGUGUGGAUUCGGUGCGUUUUGCUAAGCUAAUGUUCUCGUCUAUACUUGUUUUUCACAAAUCAAUUGUUUGGGUUACAUUCAGCAGUGCUUAUGAUUUCGGGUAUUUGGUGAAGAUCUUAACCCGGAAGAAUUUACCAAACAGUUUGGAGGAUUUUUUAACUAUGGUAGAAGUGUUGUUUGGAAAAAAUGUGUAUGAUAUGAAACACAUGAUGAAGUUUUGUAAUGCUUUGUAUGGUGGUCUUGAGCGAGUAGCUACUACUCUUAAUGUGGGUCGGGCAGUUGGAAAAUCUCAUCAAGCUGGAUCUGAUAGUUUGUUAACAUGGCAUGUAUUUAAGAAAAUGAUGGAUACAUGUUUUAUCAAUAACAUGGCUCAAAAGCAUGCUGGAGUGCUAUUUGGGUUAGAAAUGAUUGUAGUUAAAUGAAAGAGAAUACAAGAUAAUAAUUGUAACCCAAAUUGAAAUAUAUAAAAUAUUUAUUCUUUGAUUGUUUAAUAAUUGUUUACUGCUGGAAACUUUGUGCCAUUACUCAUUAAGUUAACUGAUAUCAGUAUCUGGAAAUUAUGAUAAUUGUUUACUGCUGGAAAACUUUGUGUCAGUCUCCUUAAUUCAUAUGUUUUUUUAAGAAUGUUUUCCUAACUGAAAAUAAAGUGAUAUAGUAGAAUUUAACUUACAUAGUUACCUAUGCAUUGUCACAUGUGAUUUGAUAACUAAUUAAUCAAUUUAACAAAUCAAAUAUGCUCAUUAUAAUUCGGCUUCUAGCUUUUGUGGUGGUUAUUGUGUUAGCUUGAGGGGUGGGAAUAGAAGGCCUGAUCACCCUUUGGACCAUUAUAAGUUUCGCUUAAUGGGCCAGGAAAUAGCUCAAGGCUUCGUUUCUUUUUCGAUAUUGCGCUCCCUAAGAUGGCUAAUUGCACCCCUUUUCAUCAAAUGUGUUUUCCUCCUAUUUUUGAUCAACCACUUGGCUCCCUUGAUUGAGUAGUUCAGAUUUAGGAUUUUAAAAUUACAUAGUUAUCCUCCAAGGAUAUGGUUCGUUUGUUCUCACUAUUGGGGUGCCAUUUGGCUCCCUUACCUCAGAGGGCUCUUUAUUAUUAGAGUCAGACCUAGCGGCAGAUACACCAGCUUGUUUUACUUCACGACCUUCAGACGAUUAUCAGACUUUAGCCCUUGUCGAUUUUGGUUCAUCUUGUGGAGUUUGGGUAUCGGACUCAUGCUAACUUCCUAUUAUAUAUAGAUGAGGUAACAUCGUGUUCUUCCACUCAUCUUCUAUUGGUUUUUGUUCGCGGGAUAGUGUUUCUAUGCCUAUAUCAAAGAGUGGCAUGAGUUCACAUGGUUUUUCUUUAUCAAUUUGUCUUGAAGGGACUUCUUCUCCAUUGUCUCCUUAUUUUGUGACUAUGGUGCCAUCUUUAGAUGGGGUUUUUGAUGUGUUUUAGAGAGAAGAUUUGUGUAAUUUUGUGUUGAGUAAUGAGUUAGAACUAGGAAGUUAAAGGCCCUAGAAAAAAAGAUAGAAGCUAGAAAUAUGUCAGGUCGACAAGGGGUUCACGUCGAUGUUAAUUUUUUCUUUCUUUUAAUAAUAGAAGUUGGGGGUUUUGUAUCAAGAAAAGUAAGGUGAGAUCUUGGAUAUUUGUGGCAAUCCAAAAGACCAAACUUAGUGGGGUCUAUUCUUCUCCAAUUCAUUCCUUGUAAAGUAAUUCUUGUUGUGAUUGGAGCUUUUGUCCUUCUGUUCGGAGCAGUGGUGGUCUUCUUUCAAUCUGGUGUAGUUUGAAAUAUAUAUAUAUAUAUAUAUAUAUAUAUAUAUAUAUAUAUAUAUAUAUAUAUAUAUAUAUAUAUAUAUAUAUAUAUAUAUAUAUAUAUAUAUAUAUAUAUAUAUUCUCCUUUUUCUAGUUCUAGUUCCUUAGGCGUCUGUUAAGGUUGUGAUGCUACUAGCACAUUGUGUUUAAUUGGUAGUUAAUGCUUAUUCCAAGUGUUCCGUUGCUGAUAAAAGAGUUAUGUAAGUGAAGUCGUGCUCUCGUAAAAUGGUAUUUGGAGGUGCCAUUUGGCGUGUCUCGGGUGAUUUUGAUUCUAUUUGCUCUUUUAAAGAAAGGAUUGGAAUGAAAGUUAUUCUAGUUCCUUUGGGUGUGGAACACCUAAAAUUCUGAAAUUUUAUCUCUCAAAUGGAGCUAAUAAAUUUACCUAUCUUAGGAAGGAAGUUUACUUGGUUCCAUCCAAAUUGUAGGGCUGCUAAUGGUACUGAUAUCCAAGGCUGGAAAGAUUUUGUUGUGUUGAAGAAAUUAAAAUCUCUUAAAGUGGUUCUAAAAGCAUGAAUAAACAGUUGAUUGAUAAUCUUUGCUCUCAUAUUGACAAUUUUAAAGAGGUGGUGGAUGCUUUGGUUGAUUUUAGGACCUUAUAUGUUGAGGAGAUAAAGUCUAGAUCUGGAGCACUUACGAAUAUGUAGUCCUUGUUAAGAAUUAAAGAUUCUCAAUUGUUCCAAAGGUCAGUUUUGGGAAGGUGACAUAAACUCCGACUACUUUCAUGCUUUUGUGAAAAUAAUAGAAUGAUAUCAUGGCAUUAAGGUUGAAUAUGGUUGGAUUGAAGGAGUGUAUGAUAUUAGCCAAGAGAUUUUUAGUAAUUUAUCAGAUGUUUUUAAUUAACCGAAUAUUGAUAGGCCUCACAUUGAUGAUGUUGCCUUCUGAUCUCUUUUGGAUGAUGACAACCUUUUUUUGACAGAUGUUUUUAAUUAACCGAAUAUUGAUAGGCCUCACAUUGAUGAUGUUGCCUUCUGAUCUCUUUUGGAUGAUGACAACCUUUUUUUGACAGCUCCUUUUAGCCUCUAGGAGUUAGAUAUUGUUGUUUCAAAGUGUGAAGGUAGCAAAAGUCAUGGUCUGGAUGAGUUAAAUUUUUUUCUUCUUGAAAAGGUUCUGGAAUAUUGUUAAAGAUGAUUUGAGGAUCAUGUUUGAUCAAUUCUAUUGUUUUGCAUCUCUACGAUGUACUUUUUCAUCUUAAUUUGUGACUUUGAUCCUCCAAAGUUAAAUCUCCAACUAAAUUGGGUGAUUUUGAACCGAUUUCUUUGGUGGGAUCUUUGUAUAAGAUGAUGGCUAAAGAUUUGGCCAUUAGGCUUGGGUCGGUGAUGGAGAAAAUUAUUUCCUCAAAUCAAUCAGCUUUUCUUAAAGGGAGAAUAUUGGUUGAUGGAGUGGUGGCUAUCAAUGAGGUGGUAGACUUGGCCAGGAGAUCUAAGAAAUCUUGUCUUAUUAUUAAGGUGAAUUUUGAGAAAGCAUAUGAUUCUGUUAGUUGGAGCUUUUUUGGGUUAUAUGCUUAUCGAAUUUGGCUUUAAUGAGAAGUUGAAGUCUUGAAUAAAAUCUUAUGUGUUCGAUGGUAACUUUGCUCAACUCAAGAUAUUAGCAUCUAAAGGGUCUUGAAACAAGAGGUUCCACUAUCUCCCUUCUUUUUACUAAUUGUGGAUGAGUCUCGAAGCGGUUUAAUUGCUAUAGGCUGAGGAGCUGAUUGGUCUUUACUCAAGGUUCAGAUUUGGAUUGUUCGAUUUGAAGCUACAAAGACUAAUCCAUUUAAUGCUGGAAAGCCUAUCAUCGUUAUUUGAGUCCUUGGCCACCGGUGAUCCGAAUUUGUUUCUUGAUGAUCUUAUUCCAUCUUUAUUUAAAAUCCGCAAACUAUCAGACAUGUUUUAUCAUCUUCUUAAUUAUUUAUGCGGGUACUGAGUAUUUUGGACUAUGAUGUGCUUAACUUUGGAAAUGCCAACACUUUCUGUUGUUGGAAUACUGAUAAAAGUUGGAAUUAA